AUGAUUGCAACUGGACCCAGGCCGCCCCUCAGCUUCAACAGCUCUAAUGAUGAGUCUCCAGUAAAGCUGGACAUCGGUGGUGGCAUGGGAGGUGGACUCUUCACUAGCACGAAUCCUGAGAUCCGGAGAGUUGUCCCAGACAAUGUCAAUGGACGCACAAAGCUGAAAGUGGUUUACGUCGUACUGGAGGCGCAGUAUCAGUCGGCCUUGAGUGCGGCCGUGCGCAACAUCAAUGCCACGCGCGACAAGGUGUGCGUUGAGAUCGUUGGGUACUUGUUGGAGGAGCUACGUGACGCCAAGAACUACGAGCAGUUCCAGAAGGACAUUGCCGACGCCAACAUAUUCAUUGGCAGCUUGAUUUUCAUUGAGGAGCUGGCAGAGAAGAUCGUUGAGACCGUAGAACCGAGGAGGGAGCAGCUGGAUGCAUGCCUUGUCUUCCCCUCUAUGCCAGCAGUCAUGAAGCUGAACAAGCUCGGCACGUUCAACCUGAGCCAGCUGGGCAAGAGCAAGAGCCCCAUUGCGGAGUUCAUGCGCAACGCGCGCAAGAACAACGACAACUUCGAGGAGAGCCUGCUCAAGCUGGUGCGUACGCUGCCGUCAGUGCUGAAGUACCUGCCCAGCGAGAAGGCGCAGGACGCACGCAACUUCGUGCAGAGCCUGCAGUACUGGCUUGGAGGGAACGCCGAGAACCUGGAGAAUUUGCUGCUCAACACAGCGCAGGCAUAUGUCCCUUCCCUGAAGGGUGCUCAGUUUGACAUCAUCGAGCCACAGCUCUUCCCUGACGUCGGCAUCUGGCACCCGCUCGCGCCCACCAUGUACGAGGACGUGAAGGAGUAUCUGAACUGGUACGACACGCGCAAAGACAUGACAUUUGCUCCGGACGCGCCCGUUAUUGGACUGGUGCUGCAGCGCUCCCACCUGGUCACCGGUGACGAGGGCCACUACUCCGGCGUUGUCUCCGAGAUGGAGUCCCUCGGUGCCAAGGUGGUGCCUGUGUUUGCGGGCGGGCUCGACUUCUCGCUGCCCGUGCGCAAGUUCUUCUACGACCCCCUGGGCUCCGGCAAAGCAUUUGUGGACUGCGUCGUGUCACUCACCGGAUUUGCGCUUGUGGGAGGCCCUGCCCGCCAGGACGCCCCCAAGGCUGUGGAGGCGCUGAAGAAGCUGAAUGUGCCCUACCUGGUGUCGCUGCCGCUGGUGUUCCAGACGACCGAGGAGUGGCUCGAGUCCGAGCUCGGCGUGCACCCCGUCCAGGUCGCCCUGCAGGUGGCCCUGCCAGAGCUGGACGGAGGCCUGGAGCCCAUCGUGUUUGCCGGGCGCGACUCCAACACCGGCAAGAGCCACUCGCUGCCAGACCGCAUCGACUCCCUCUGUGCGCGCGCCAUCAACUGGGCCAAUCUGUCAAAGAAGCCCAAGUACGACAAGCGGCUGGCGGUCACUGUGUUCAGCUUCCCGCCAGACAAGGGCAACGUGGGCACGGCUGCCUACCUCAACGUUUUCGGCUCCAUCUACCGUGACCUGAAGAAGGAUGGCUAUGAUGUGGGCGAGCUGCCCGAGAAUGAGGGUGACAUCAUGCAGAGCGUGCUGAACGACCCAGAGGCAAAGUACAACAGCGCCGACCUCAACGUGGCCUACAAGAUGAGCGUGGACGAGUACAAGAAGCUCUGCCCCUACGCAGAGGCCCUUGAGGAGAAUUGGGGCAAGCCGCCAGGCAAGCUGAACAGCAACGGCAACGAGCUGCUAGUGUUUGGCAAGCAGUUUGGCAAGGUGUUCAUCGGCGUGCAGCCCACCUUUGGGUACGAGGGUGACCCGAUGCGCCUGCUCUUCAGCCGCUCUGCCUCGCCCCACCACGGCUUUGCCGCCUUCUACACAUACCUCGAGAAGAUCUUCAAGGCGGACGCUGUGCUGCACUUUGGAACGCACGGAUCCCUGGAGUUCAUGCCCGGCAAGCAGGUGGGCAUGAGCGGGGUGUGCUACCCGGACUCGCUCAUCGGCAACAUCCCCAACCUGUACUACUACGCGGCCAACAACCCCAGCGAGGCCACCAUCGCCAAGCGCCGCUCCUAUGCCAACACCAUCUCCUACCUCACCCCUCCCGCUGAGAACGCCGGCCUCUACAAGGGCCUCAAGGAGCUGAAGGAGCUGAUUGCCAGCUACCAGACGCUGCGCGAGGGAGGCCGUGGGCCGGCCAUCUGCGCGACCAUCGUUCAGACGGCGCGCCAGUGCAACCUGGACAAGGACGUGCAGCUGCCAGGCGAGGAAGAUGACACCAAGGGCCUCUCCAUGGACGAGCGCGACUCCAUCGUCGGCAAAGUCUACUCCAAGCUGAUGGAGAUUGAGUCGCGGCUGCUGCCCUGCGGGCUGCACAUUGUGGGCAGCCCGCCCACGGCUGCGGAGGCAAUCGCCACGCUGGUCAACAUUGCAGAGAUCGACCGCCUCGACAACGACCCGCCCGUGUAUGGCCUGCCCGGCAUCCUGGCGCGCACCAUCCAGCGCAACGUUGAGGAGAUCUACCUCAACAACAACAAGGGUCUUUUGGAGGAGGUGAACCUGCUGCAGGAGAUCACCGAGGCAUGCCGCUCGUGCGUGCGCGCAUUUGUGGAGGACCGCACAGACUCGCAGGGGCAGGUGUCCAUCGACAGCUUCGCCAACAUCGCUCGCAACUUCGGCUUCCAGAAGCAGCCCUGGGAGGAGGCCCUCAAGGGCACCAGGUUCUCGGGUGCCAACAAGCAGCAGCUGACGAGCCUGUUCACCUACCUGGAGAACUGCUUGGAGCAGAUUGUGAAGGACAACGAGCUCGGCGCCCUCCGCCAGGCCCUCAAGGGCGGCUAUGUGGAGCCUGGCCCGGGAGGUGACCCCAUCAGGAACCCGGGCGUGCUGCCCACCGGCAAGAACAUCCACGCCCUGGACCCCCAGUCCAUCCCCACGCAGGCUGCCGUCAAAUCCGCGCGCAUCGUGGUCGAGAGGCUGCUGGAGGCGCAGCGGCAGGAGGCGGGCGGCGCAUGGCCCGAGACGGUUGCCGUCGUGCUGUGGGGAACCGACAACAUCAAGACCUACGGAGAGUCCCUCGCGCAGGUGAUGAUGAUGGUGGGCAUCAACCCGGUGUCGGACGCGCUGGGCCGCGUGAACAAGCUGGAGGUGAUCCCUCUGGAGGAGCUGGGCCGCCCGCGCGUCGACGUCGUGGUCAACUGCUCCGGCGUCUUCCGCGACCUCUUCGUCAAUCAGAUGAACCUGCUGGACCGCGCCAUCAAGAUGGCCGCUGAGCAGGACGAGCCCGAGGAGAUGAACUUCGUGCGCAAGCACGCCCGCCAGCAGGCAGAGGAGGCGGGGGUAUCCCUGAGAGCGGCGGCGACACGCGUGUUCAGUAAUGCGAGCGGCAGCUACUCCUCCAACGUCAACCUGGCGGUGGAGAACUCCAGCUGGAGCGACGAGCAGCAGCUGCAGGAGAUGUACCUCAAGCGCAAGUCCUUCGCCUUCAACUCCGACAGGCCGGGUGCGGGCGGUGAGGCGAACAGAGAGGCGUUUGAGGCGGCCAUGAAGACAGUUGACGUGACCUUCCAGAACCUGGACAGCAGUGAGAUCAGCCUCACUGACGUGUCCCACUACUUUGACAGCGACCCCACCAAGCUGGUCGCCGGCCUGCGCCAGGACGGCCGCACUCCAAGUGCUUUCAUCGCCGAUACCACCACCGCCAAUGCACAGGUGCGGACGCUGGGCAGCCAGGUGCGUCUGGACGCGCGCACGAAGCUGCUCAACCCCAAAUGGUACGAGGGGAUGCUGAGCAGCGGCUACGAGGGCGUGCGCGAGAUCCAGAAGCGCCUCACCAACACCGUCGGCUGGUCCGCCACCUCAGGCCAGGUCGACAACUGGGUCUACGACGAGGCCAACUCGACGUACAUGGAGGACCCGGAGAUGGCGGCGCGGCUGAUGGAGACCAACCCCAACUCCUUCCGCAAGCUGGUGGCCACCUUCCUGGAGGCCAACGGGCGCGGCUACUGGGACGCAGCCCCCGAGCAGAUCGAGCGCCUGCGCGAGCUCUACAUGGACGUCGAAGACAAGAUUGAGGGCGUCGAGUGA